UUGGGUUUUAAAUAUUUGUAUGGGCUUUUACUGAGCGUUAGAGAAAAGCCCAUUAGUCUGACCAUAAAUUUGUAGACAUUUUUUCCCCAUUUUCGUUUUUGCUCUUGUAGAUCAAUCUCCUCUCAACUGUUCAAGCUUAAGAUGGGAUUCAUAAUGGAAUUCGCGGAGAAUUUGGUGUUGCGAUUGAUGGAGGAUCCAAACGAGAGAGACAGGAAGGCCAGGGAGAGAUUGUACGAACGGAAGGAGCAGUGCAAGAAGACUAUAGAGAUGCAUCGCUUGCCCCUCCGCCCCUAUGGCUUCUGGACGUUUGAGCGCCACAAUGCUCAGAUCUUCUGGGAUGAGCAGAUUAGCAAUGUCCAAGGCCGUCGUGAUCCAUACGACGAAGUCAUUGAGGAAUACUCCAAAUAAUUGCCACUAUUGCUCACUUCUAAUGAAUGCCAUUAAGCACCAUUUCUGGAUCAUCUUCUGGAACCAUUUAAUUUCAAAAGUGAGCCACUGCUGACCAGAACUGUUAUAUUCUGAAUACUCAUAAGUCCAAUAUCCCAUACUCAGAUUUUAGAUUUUGAUGAGAAAUGUGUUGUUUAUCGGUUCUCCCUUGAAUGUGUUCAAGGAAUGCACAAGAUAGCAUUGCUGCCACAAUAUGUGCCUUUUAUUCAGUUUAGGCCAAGUCUCUCUCUUUCUCUGUAACUGUUUAAACUGUUUGAUGGUUAUAUGCAUGUCCAUAACUGGCACCAAAAUGUUAUACUAAGUAGAACUCACUGCCCCACCUCUGCAUCAGUUUGCCUACUAUAGAUUGCUAGUUAAUCAUGCUUAACUGUGAACUCUGUAUUG